AAAGUUUUGUGGAGUUGUGUUUGUCAGAUGUUCCUCUCCCCUCCUCCCAGGAUCUGCACUGAGCAGCAUCUGACCGGCUCCUCUCCGCCCUGCAGAGCUGAGUGUGUUGUGGCAGCACAGCAGAGUUAUAGCUCCGGUCACCUUCACAGGGCUGAUGUUUAGGAAACAAUGAACUGACGGCAGCCACAGAUCUGUCACAUGAUGGACACCGACCAUGUCACACCUGGGCAGUGAGAACAGGUGAUGGAGGGGGGGGAGCUUGACUCACAGGAAGCCCCUCCCCCUGCCCCAGGUCUGCAGGAGCUCCGCAGUCACAUCAGUACAGUGCAGGGACCUGCUGAGCGUCACAAUGAAGAGCAUCACCCUCAUCAUCUUCCUACAGCUCUGCUACAUCCAGGAGUCCUGGGAAGCUUCAGCGUCUAAUGAGACAGUGGAGAGUUUGCUGCAGUGUCCAGUGAACAGCGAUUUCUGCGAUGUGGCGAGUAACUGCUGCAUGCCGGGGAUGGACAGUUACGGCUGGAUCGCCGCCGCCGUGGGCUGGGGCCUGUGGGUUUUUACACUAAUCCUCAUUUGCAUUUGUCGAGUCAUGGACCUGAGACCGAACGAGCCCAAAUACAUGGAGGCGUAAGAGGGUGAAACGCUCACACGGACUCGAAACGUGGGAAAAUACGGAAUCUAUCAGCAAAAAAAAACGUCAGCGAGGCAUUUAUAUAUUUAUGGCGUCUUAAGAAAACAACAAGAUUUGAGGAACAAUAUAAGACUUUAACGGUUAUCCUGGUCACGGAUUGUGCACAAGAAAACAAAAUGGCCGCCUUCUAUUCCUCAGCCUGAUGUAUGAACACUGGACUUGUUGCCCAUAGCAACCAAUCAGAAAUAAAACUAACAACUUGACUGGUUGCUAUGGACAAAAUCAGCGCAUUGUCACUAUGUGUGUUGCCCAUAGCAACCAUAUUCUGCUCAGGUUAGGAAAUAAUUUUACUGGUUGCUAUAGACAAAACCGGCAUUGUUAUUGUUACUAGGUGUGUUGCCUAUAGCAACCAUCAGGUUCCAGCUUUCACUUUCAGUUCAUAUACAACCACUUCCCCCUAAAUACAGGAAGCAGAGGGGUUCAACCAAUCAGGUUCCAGCUUUCACUUUCAGUUCAUAUACAGCCACUCCCCACUACAGGCAGGAAGCAGAGGGAUUCAACCAAUCAGGUUCCAGCUUUCACUUUAUAUACAGCCACUCCCCACUACAGACAUGAAGCAGAGGGGUACAACCAAUCAGGUUCCAGCUUUCACUUUCAGUUCACAUACAGCCACUCCCCACUACAGACAGGGAGCAGAGGGGUUCAACCAAUCAGGUUCCAGCUUUCACUUUCAGUUCAUAUACAGCCACUCAGAAAGGAAGCAGAGAGGUUCAACCAAUCAGGUUCCAGCUUUCACUUUCAGUUCAUAUACAGCCACUCCCCACUACAGACAGGGAGCAGAGGGGUUCAACCAAUCAGGUUCCAGCUUUCACUUUCAGUUCAUAUACAGCCACUCAGAAAGGAAGCAGAGGGGUUCAACCAAUCAGGUUCCAGCUUUCAUUUUCCCACAGAAGAUGAUUGAAUUGGUUGAUAUCUUUUAUGUCCUGUCUGUAUGUGAGGGGAGGGGAAGGGGGGGGGGAGUGGCCAAAAAUUAACCAAUCAGGUUCCAUUUUCUAAGCUGCACUGGAAAAAUGAAACUUGGACUCUGGUUGGUUGCUAUGAGCAAUAACAUCGCUUUUCAGUCUUCAUGGGUGAGGCCUACGAUUUACCCCAGUUUCGGCCAUUUUAUGACGCUACUAACAAGGAGGGCGGCCAUUUUAGAGAGUCGAAUUUAACGCAAAUAUAGCGGACCAAUUCUCUAUGUACAAAACGGUCAUAGAAAUAAGCGAUAGGCACGAUGUUACCUCACGCCUCAAAGGGGUUCAUAGGCUGUAAUGACCACAAAAUGGCCGCCAGCCAGGGUGCCUCCAGCUGUUGCAAAACUACAACUCCCAGCAUGCCUGGACA